UCUUGAAUGUCUUGCCAUUUUGAAAUAUUGAUUUGAAAAUUUUACAUCCAAAAAAUUAUUUCAUUAUUUACGUCGAUCCAGAAAAUAUUCGAUCGAAUGAAUAAAAAUUUUAACGCUCAAAAUUAGUGUAUUGUUCACAAACGACGUGUCAUUCGAUUGAGUUUACUCGAUUUUGAUCAAUCCCCAAACAAAACAAAAAUUUUGAAUUUUUUUUUUUACCAACGAAAAAACAAAAAUGCCUCUCGAAGAACAACCAAAAUUAGAUUCUACAAAUGAUAAUUUUGAAUUAGAAUCACAAUUUAUAUUACGUUUACCUUCAUUGCCGGCUGCAUCGCUUCGUGCAGCUAUAAAAUCAGGUGUUUUAAAUCUUAAAGAUCGAUUAUCGAUUCAAAUUGAUCAGGAUAUACGAAAUGGCAUUGUUCGAUUUGAUGGUUGGGUAUUGCCGGCUAAAAUUGUUGAUUUGCCGACCAUUUUAGAAUCAUUAAAGACAUUGGACAAUAAAAAUUUCUAUAAAACAGCCGAUAUAAGUCAGAUGAUGAUUUGUAAGGAAGAAACCGAUGAAAUUGUUAAAGAAGAUCCAGAUGAAGUUGUUAAAAAGACUAAAGAUGGACGAGAUAAAAAAUAUCUAUAUCCACAUGGUAUAACAAAACCUUUGAAAAAUGUACGUAAAAGAAGAUUUCGUAAAACAUUGCGAAAAAAAUAUGUAGAUUUUCCUGAAAUUGAAAAAGAAGUUAAACGUCUAUUACGACAAGAUAAUGAAGCUACUAAUGUACGUUUUGAAAUUGUCAACAUUGAAGAAGAGAACAAAACCGAUCCGAAAGAAAAGGAUCAAUCAUCAUCCACAGCAGCGGCAAAUGCAACCAAUUCAGCAUUAGAUGAUCGUGAUCUUUUUGGUGAUGUUGUCAGUUCCAGCGAUGAUGAUGAUGAUGAACGUUUAGGAUAUUCGGAUGAAGGUAGCCGUAUGUCCGGUACAUUCCGUGAUUAUCUACGUGAUCAUAAUGUUGAUAAUAAUGAUAAUGAUACUAAAAUUGAUUCAGAUAACAAUAAUAAGAAUUUUUCCUUUUCACAAGCAUUUUCUCAACAACAACAAUCAUCAUCAUCAACCAAUGUUUAUGAUUAUUCAACAUCAGCCGCUGCUGCUGAUGCUGCUUGUGAAGAAAACAAUGAAGCAUCAUAUAGUUUAACAAAAAAUCUUGAAAAUGAAUCCAUUCGAUUAAAAUUACAAGAAUUAGAACAGGAAAUAUUUAAUCUACAAACCCAACGACAUCAACAACAAACAGAUUUGGACAGUAUUGAAAAUAUGGCUUUGAAACAACGUUUUCAAUCCAUUAUUGAUGAUCUUCGCGAACAAGAAUUGGCCAAAAAGCAGGAGUAUGAUGAGCUAAAAAAAUCAUUAUUUUAAUUUGUUUUGUAUAUUUUCUUUUAAAAUUGAAAUAAACGUCAUUCAUUUUGUAUUGGUUAGUCAUCGAUCGAUCAAAAUAUCAAGUGUGUUUGCU